AUGGCAGCUCCUACGUGGCCGCUAUUUCUCCCGUACGUGGAGCAACGCCCCGUCGCAUCCUUUCUUGAAUACUAUCCCAGCUCGAGUGCCAGUCAAAUACCUCCUUUUGCUAGCAUUUCUAGGCUACUAGGAGAGAGCGCGAACCCCGAGAAAGAAGCCGGAAUCAGGAAUGAAACAAUACUGAUCAACGAUUUUCUCUUUCUGAAGAGCAGUCAUGCGAAACGCUACGAUGAUGUCUUUCUGGAUCAACCAACACAAGAGCCUCAACCGCCUGCUCAGUUUGGUGCGACUCUAUCUCUGAGACGCAAGCCACUCGUCUCAAAGGCUCCCCAGGCUAGUGAAAAUAUCGCAUCAGUGACAAUAGCUGAUUCUGCCGACGCUGAGGCUCUCACACCCACUUCAAACCAGUAUAAGAAGCCGAUCAACAGCCAUUCGUAUAGGAAAGAUGAAAUCUAUGGCUCAGUUAGCACAGUAUAUUGUCAGUGUGAUCCGCGUCUGCCGGCUAGGCGUUCCUGGCGUUUUGUGACCAGAAACGAAGAGGAGAGUCUCGGAAAACUAUAUUACGAAUGCCCAAAAGUAGAAGCACGCUGCAACUUCUUACUGUGGGAAGACGACGCCGAAGAUCGAGGAUCAAUCAGCAGCUUCCCAUUGAAGGAACCCUCCGCUGAAGGCGCCCUAAAUAGCACCCAUACCGAACCUCCACCAUCUCGCCCUUCUCGUGCGCCUAGUGAGCCACCUCAGUAUGAUUUGGCUACAACACAGAUAUCCGGCGCUUUCAAGCAUGGCGGUUCAGAUGGCACAACGUCCUACAUUCUGCCCAAAUGUUCCUCUAAUCUGCACACAUCUCCAGUUCGUGGUAAUGAUGAGCACACGAAUCAAGGUUUCUCCAGACGGUCAAAUUUAAACACCCAGCCAUUCGAUCUUGCUGGCAGAAAGACUGUGAAUAGAGAGAAUAUCGCUACAUGCUGCCGCCAGGAAGAGAGCAGCCUACAAAGGGGGACCCCUGAAGGCGGCACUGACAGCACUAAUUUGCUUCUCCCGACUGCUGAAAAGAGUCCAAAGGACGAUACCAAGAUUACAAACUCUCACCAGGUAGGUUGUAGACCUGACAGCGGUAAUCAGAUCACUCCUACCAAGAAACGCAAGCUUCGAUCUUUCAUGGAUGGGUAUAGUUGGAAAGACGCGUCCCAAGUAUCAAACUUGAUGAACAAAUGGACCGAUGCCGAAAUCUUGGAUCCUUUCAACCUGGAGUUAUCUCGCAAAGAAGCGCACGCGAUGCUGGAUCGUUUAUUUGACCUUAAACUCUUCAUUAAGGAUGUAAGAUCCAGCCUUCGUGAUCUCAGUUCGCAAGUAGGUGAACUUCAACGCAGCUACACUAAGACAAGGUCCUUAAUUGAACUGGGAGUCAAAGAGGAUUCAUUCACUGCUAUCCCUAGCCACGGUACAUCGAUAGAAGGAGUGAAGGACACCGGCCUUCAAGAUGUACAAGCUCCAGUGAAGCCAAAAAAUGACAAAGAGCACACCACGAGUCUGUCUCCCAUAUUCAACCUCGAGAAAAUCACAAUACCAUUGCGGGGCAGGGGUACAGAUGCCUCAAGCGAAGACCUGUUGUUGCAGCCCAUCGUCUCGACGUUCAUGUCGCUGGACGAACGGUCACCUCUACGCAAGCUCGCUCCCUACGAUCUAUGUCAAUCGAGCACCUCAUACGCAAACCGAUUCAUAGAAAAUGCGCUCUUGUAUCCUCUUCCUCGCCUUCCUCGGUACACAAGGGGCCUUGAACCUUCUGGUCUAAUCUACAUGUACUCUAUUCAAGGCAGCUUUGGCUUCGUCAAAAUCGGCUACACGUCUCGAAAAGUCGAAACCCGGCUUGCAGAGUGGCAAAAGUCGUGCAAACACACCCCGUACCUCAUAUUUCCGAAAGCCCCAGAGGAGCAACAACAGAUCCCCUACGUGCGUCGUGUCGAAGCACUGAUCCACGCGGAACUCAGGGAUUGCAGAGUCAGAGAGCUGAAGUGCCUCUGCAACGAGAUAAACGCAAAUGGAGCACAGAAACAACAUAUUGAAUGGUUCAAGGUAGACAUAGAUCGCGCAAAGGAGGUAGCUAUGAGAUGGGCGACGUGGAUGAGGUCUGACCCUUAUGAACAGGUUUCGCCUGGAAAUUGGGUGCUCCGAGGUGAGCACAAGGCUAGUCUCAAAGAGCUAUCUCGAGCGACACCUAGAACUGAAACUCGUAAAGGUAGCAGUGUGAGCUUGCGGCCAUCAAUACCGAAGUCCGCCUCUGCUCCUUCCACACCCUAUCUUGGGCCUGGGCCCAGGGCUGAGUCUUUAGCUAGACGGUCAUUGAGUCCUAAAUCAUAG